CUCUAAUAGAGUGGACUCGUUGUGAAGGUAGUCACGAGUUUUCCCGAUCGUCACCCGAACACAUCCCGACUCAUUCGAUCAGUCGAACGCUUAGUAGGACCUACUUAACCUAAUGAAUGCAUUCGUAUUUCUGCUGUAUCUUCGGUUACUCUUUAUUUCAGUAAAUUUUUGUUUCGUUAGUUUUUUUUGUUACAAUUGACUAUAAUUUUUUUCUGGUAUAACUUGUUUAUUCGACAUGUUAGUGAUAGACUACUAAGUAUAGUGAUUUUCUAGUGUGUGUUAUUGUGCGAUAGAGACGCUUAAAACAAUUACUUGUUAAGUGACAUUUUUGACAUUUUUCCAAGAUGUCAAAACCAAUAAAAAGAUCUUUUAGUUCUGAGGGUCGCGUACCCAGACGUGAUUGGAGCGCGAGGCUCAGUCUACGCAGCCGCAGUGGUCGCAGUAUGGACACCUUGCGCGGCCGUCGCACUGCCUCGCUGAGAUCCUCUGCCGUUUCGGCCAGUGUUGACCAAUCACCGCCUGCUAUCGCACCCCGCCCUUCUACGUCAUUCGGCGAAGCACAAACUGUUAAGAAGUCUAACUGGGAAGUUAUAGAACAUUUCUCAGCUAGCAAGGCUCCAGCGACGGUGGAGGCGGACGGCGUACCCAUCGCAUCGUCACUUGCGCUGCCGCUAUGCCCCGCAGGAAAACCCAAUGUGGACGCCCAGCCUCUACUUGCAGAUGAUCCCGGUGGAGAUAGUGAUGCAAUCACGAUUGACUUAAGCGACGAUACUGAGGGGCGCAAUUGCUGCGAUGACUGCAUUGACAACUGCCCAGGACCAGCACACACUUUGUGUGUAUCGCAUCGAUUUAAGAACCUUAACGUGGAAAUGCUGUACCAGCGAUAUUUCCUACGUAUGAACCAAUCCAAUAUCACGGCUGUACUUGGACUAUUGCUAGGAUUUUCUGUGGGAAUUGUAGCAGUUCUAGGGCGAUAUAUAAUCAUCGCUUACCAGAACGAAAGUCCAGAGGUCCCUAUAACCCUCACAAGUAUUACCAUCGUGGAACCGGAUCCUUACAAUCACUUGUACUCGGUAUCGACGGUGGCACCUGACACGUCCAUCACGAGUGCAACAGACUUCUCAGCUCCGAGUGAGUACCAGGAGGCACAGAAACUUUUCGAGGAGAAGCGUUUGGCCCACAUCAUCAACGUGGUAUUUUUCACAAUCGCCGGCUUCAUUUAUACAUCUCUGCUUGCGUGCUUAAGCCGACCGGCAAUGAAUGAAAUAUACCUGCUGAGCAUCUCCUACGUAGUUCUAGCGACCUUUCUGCUUACUGAAGUUUCUCUGUGGGGCACAGCUAUAUUCAGGUCUGUAGAUGUGAGCAUUGGAAUCUGCUCACUCUUUACUUACUUGACGUAUGCUACUCUUCCACUGAGGAUGUACGAGGCAGCAAGCGGCGGUUUCACCCUUGGACUCAUCAACAUUGUCGCUCAACUCAUCGUAGGCCGGUCUUCCGGUGAGGUGAUCUUUUGCAACCUGAUUUCGUUACUGGCAGUUAACUUCGCCGGCAUCAUGACUCAUUACCCCCGUGAAAUGGCACAGCGUCGGGCAUUUCUGGAGACAAGGGAAUGUGUCGAGGCACGUCUGGUCACCCAACGUGAGAACCAACAACAGGAACGCCUGUUGCUGUCAGUGCUUCCUCGCCACGUUGCCAUGGAGAUGAAAGCAGACAUCGCAAGCCAGCCACGACAGGAGCAAUUUCACAAGAUAUACAUCCAGAAAUAUGAGAACGUUAGCAUUCUCUUCGCCGACAUCUGUGGAUUCACAUCUCUAUCAGAUCAGUGCAGUGCCGAAGAACUGGUGCGACUUCUCAACGAGCUGUUUGCCAGAUUUGAUCGCCUCGCAGCGGAACAUCAUUGCCUUCGCAUCAAACUUCUGGGAGACUGCUACUACUGUGUGUCGGGUCUUCCGGAGGCACGUGAAGAUCACGCCAAAUGCUGCGUCGAAAUGGGCUUGGAUAUGAUUGAUGCUAUCGCAUUGGUGCGAGAGGUGAUGGCUGUGAACGUGAACAUGCGCGUCGGGAUCCACACUGGCCGGGUUCACUGCGUGGUGCUGGGACUACGGAAGUGGCAAUUCGAUGUUUGGUCCAAUGACGUCACUCUUGCCAACUACAUGGAAAGCGGUGGAGUAGCCGGGCGCGUUCAUAUCACUAAAGAGACUCUGGCAUGUCUUGGGGACGAUUACAAGGUAGAGCCGGGAAACGGUGGGGAAAGGAACGCAUAUCUGAAGGAUCACAAUAUCGAAACUUAUCUUAUUGUACCCGAUGACACCAGCAGAGUGGACAAGCGGCCGCAGCAGAGCUUCUCGCUGAACGGGAACAUAUCAAAAGAGAUGCGGGUUAUGGGUCACGGAUCACAGCACGGAAAACACUCGUCAAAGUCGGGGGCUGACGCUAACAAUGAAAAUAAGAAUCCUGAAGACGAAGUAAAUGAAUAUUUGAUGAAAGCCAUCGACGCGCGAUCCAUCGAUAGACUGAGAGCUGAGCACUGUCGACCAUUUACGCUCACCUUCAGGGAUAAUAGUAUGGAACUUAAGUACUCUAAAGAAACGGACAGGAUGCUGACAAAAUAUUUCAUGUGCUCAAUAAUUGUCUACGUUGCAAUAUUGAUCAUUCAGUUAAUUGUUUUCAACGGGACGCCCUUCAGAUACUUCACGAUGUUUUUAUGCGCUCUUCUCAUCGCCGUAGUGAUUUAUAUUGUUCGGUGCACAGAAAUUCCGUUCAUCCAUCCGAAACUGAAAAAUUUGUCGGAGAAAGUCCACCAUAAUAGGAAGGUUGCGCAGCUUAUGUCAUUUUUGGUCGUCACUGCUGUUGUGGUACAGAUUGAAAUUAUAAUGGGGCUUCAUUUGUUAAGCAGCAAUGAUUCACCAAAUGUCACUGACGAUACGAAACUCUGCCCGAUGAACAUUAAUGAGAACUACUUACAACUUUCACUGCUCGCGAUGUUUCUAUGCGCAGUGCAUCAAGUUCUCAUCACAAUGUUGAAAACAUUACUUCUGUUUAUAAUCAGCGCGAUGUAUAUUGGGAUAACAAUAAAGAAGUAUAUGGAUGGGGAACUGAACAAUCCAAACCAAGCAUGUGCUGGAGAUUGGAGCCAGGAUUUGAUGAACAUUGUGGUUGCACUGAGCACCAUGGUGGCAUUAGUCUUGCACUCUCAGCAAACGGAGAGUACUUACCGUCUGGACUUCAUUUGGAAAUUGCAAGCAACUGAUGAAAAAGAGGAAAUGGAACAUCUUGAAGCGUAUAACAGAAAAUUGCUUGCAAAUAUCUUGCCCGAGCACGUGGCACAACACUUCCUGUGCAGCGACAAGAAUUUUGACGAACUCUACCACGAGCAAUGUGAGUCAGUAUGCGUAAUGUUUGCGUCGAUUCCAAACUUCUCCGAGUUCUACGUAGAGCUGGAGGGCAACAACGAAGGCGUCGAAUGUCUCAGGCUCCUGAAUGAGAUAAUAGCCGAUUUCGAUGAGAUACUGGCAGAGGAAGAGUUUAAGUAUAUUGAGAAGAUAAAGAGCACGGGCGCUACAUACAUGGCCGCAUCAGGGUUGACAGCGGCCACAAGGGAUCUUCGCGGAUUCCGUCACGUAACGGCCAUGGCAGACUACGCCUUACGGCUUCGAGAACAGCUGCAAUACGUCAAUGAGCACUCAUUCAAUAAUUUUCGAAUCAGAAUAGGCAUCAAUAUUGGCAACGUGGUGGCCGGUGUGAUUGGAGCUCGUAAGCCACAGUACGACAUCUGGGGUAACGCUGUCAACGUAGCCUCUAGAAUGGACUCCACUGGAGUGUUGGAUCAUAUACAGGUGACGCAAGAGGUAUAUGAUAUUCUAUCUAAGCGAGGAUAUAAGCUCCGUUGCCGCGGUACUGUUGACGUGAAAGGCAAGGGCAACAUGGUCACAUACUUCCUCGACGGUAUUGGAGAAACUACACUGCCCAGCACUUCGGAGGAUAUCUACUCGAACCCUACACCAUCAACAUCAGGUAUCAAUACUAAGUCUGGUAUGGGUGGUGAUAAACCUGAACAAAGACAUUUGGGUACUCUGAUAGAAGGACAAGUUGAUGAAGACCCGACAUCCCCUGAGACUUCGAAUCCAAAAGAAGAGGACAGCGAAACUACCAGCCCUAGAAGAAAUGAAAAUACAAAUUUUGUCGAAAGUGUAACACACGCGUUACGUGCAAGAGACAUAAGAGAGAAGCAGAGACCUCGCUCAUUCGCUGAUGAUCCGAAUUUGCCGGCAUUCAUUAGCCUUCUAAAUAAGAAAGCACAAUCAGCAGAUGUCUGCAUGGUUGAAUAUACUAAUGAGGUAUCAAAGCCGAACAAGUCACUCACAGACAUCAGCGAACCUGUGGCUGGACCAAGUUGCAGCAGCCAAAAUGAGCAGCCAGUUAGAAGACAGAUUCCCCAGCACGCUGUGAGUCUUAUCGACUUUGUAAUGCACUAUAAGCCCAAAUGUGACGAAUCACCAUUGAACAUAACCGAAAACCCUAUGGAUAUUGAUUAA